GGGAUGUUCUUGGGUAUACUAUUCUUUAACUGUGGACAUUUCUGAGACAGUCAUUUAUUUACAGAAAAAUAUUUAUCAAUAAACUUUUUAGAUGGACAGAAAAUUAUUUUACUCCACUUGCGCAUGAUGUCGUCGGCCUGCCGUUGGAUUUGUUUUGCACAUGCGCAGAUGUUCUUGCUGAUGUCAGUAGAAUUCAUCAUUUAUUAUCAUUUAUGUUGAUGACGUCAUAGUUUUUUCGUGCGGAUAUUACAUGAAGUCAUAUUUUUUGCGGGGUUUCGGGGGAUCUAUGGAGAAGCGGGAGGUUUUCAGUUCCUUGGUAUAACUCAACGCGUAGCAAACGUGCUCCAAAAUUUCGCUUCGCAACCAAUAUAGAAAGUGUUGCGGAGAGGUUGCCAAAGCAAAGGCAUUAAGCACGGCAAGGAAAGGGCACGGCAAAGGCAGGCAAGGAAACAGGAAGAGGAAUCAGCAAGGCAGGGGUAGGCAAAAAUGGUGGUCCGCGCUACAAAAGUUAAAUACGAAAAAACUUAAAUUAAUUCUUAACAACGUUAUGCAAAACAUCCUUUGGAAAAUUUCGCAAAACAUCUAAAAUUUAAUGCAAGCACUGUUGAUUGCACCAACAAACGCAAGCUUAAAAAGGGAAUUACAAACGUUUACGAAACAAUUAAAUGCUGUGAGGAAGUUGGCAACGAUCCUUCAACUGAAAAAGAGAGAAGCAAGAACUGGCUGGCUUUCUGUAGUUUUUGGACCUAUUUUCUGUUCGCAGUUUGGGAGGUAACCCUUUUUUAUGCAAGGCCUGGGAUAUGCUGCAAAAACAAGCUUACCAAGAAAUGGAUUGGAAAUAAGGGGUCAGAUUGAGAGGCUGGGCAGUGGAAAAAAGGAUAAAAUCUCUUAUGAUUGUCUCGUGCACCAAAUAUCAGAAGCAAAAUCUAGUGGGUACGAUGAGGAGGAUAUUGUGAAAAGUGUAAUUGAAGCUAUGGUACCUGCUAGUCUUACAUUAAAAAACGUCCUAGGAGUCUAUGUGAAAACUUAACUAUAGAUUAUAAUAGGCUGUUACAGAAUCUUUUAGCUUAUUAUGACAAAUAAAAUGCAACUGACUUAUGUAGUCAGCUGACGUCUAUGUUUCAGACCAUCAUUGAGACUGCUUAUUCCUUUGCACUGUAUGAGAUGCCAUAAAAAGCUCUUCUGGCAUCUGAAAAGUAUGACAUAAAAGUAUGACACAACCAAGAUCUAGUACAGAUAUUUUAUAAUUGUGCCUUUGAAAGAGGUUUAGGAACCCAAUACCUUAUUCAGGAAAUAUGAAAGCUGAUUAAAUAUAUUCCUUCUAAAGUGCCAAUUGCUGCCAUCACUAAGGUUUCUGAUGUGGAAAAAGAAUGCACAUAGCUGUACAAAGUACGGCCUGGAACAGGUCAACUAAUGUUUUAAAAGUUAAAUCUGCUAAAGCGACGAUGUAAACAAACUAACUUCUACAGUUGAAACCAUGUGUGUGCAAUUAACUAGCUUGCAGAAAGAGUGAACUGAGGUGAAAGGCAAGAAGAUAUAGUGGCAGAAAGUUUGGAGGAAGCUUACAGUGUGAUACCUAGGAACUGAAUUUUAAAUGCUAUUAUUCCCCUCGAAUAAGUGCCCAGGUAAUUUCCUCACAGUUCAAUAAGUGCCCAGCACUUAUUAAGCGCGCUCCUGGAAUAAGCGCCCACCUGAUAAAAGAAGGCGCUUAAUCGAAAACUACCUUGAGAAACUGGGCGCUUUAUAUUGAGAGCCUUAGAAAGAAUAAAGUUUAUUUUGUUACAUCUUUUCUUCAGUUUUAUUUUUCAGGAAAAAAAACAAAAUUGAAAAUUACCGUUGCUUUUAAUUUGUACAAAGUUAGAAAAAAUUUUUUAAGCUCCCAGCAUUUUUUAAGCACCCCCCUCGAUUAAGCGCCCAUGCAAAAAGUCCAAAAAUUUAAUAAGCGCCCAGGGCGGUUGUUCGGAGCAUUACGGUGUAUAUAUAUAUUGAAAAAAGAUAAUUAAGAAUUUUAAUGUCAAUGCAAAGUUUUAUGCCAAUCAAUAUCAAUAUCAGAAGCAAUGGAAAGACAAGAAAUAUAGCUAUAAUAACAUUAGCAUUAAAAAGAAAAAGCAAGUAGCUGAUUUAGUUGAAAGUCAAUAUUUGAUCAAUUACGUGUUAAGUCAUCAACCUACAACAGUCCUGGUAGAUUCUGGUGCCCAAGUUUCUCUGGUUAGUAGAUCAUAAUGCCAGGAGCAAUCUAGAAAUGCUAGCUACAUGUACGCUGUUAUCGUCCAUAUUGGAUAAACACGAUUCUUAACAUGUCCAACAAGGAAACAGCACUGAUAUUCCCUUUCAAUGCUGUAUGUAUUAUUGGACCCGAUUAUACAAUAUAAAGAUGAGCUGUGUUUGGUUGAAGUACUAUUUGAAGACAAAGCAACACUGAAGCAGCAGAAGCCGUACAAUGCAACAAUGUAUUUGUACUGCAUUUUCAUUAUUAAUAGUUAUGUAUUUCUUUUAUUUUGCACAAAAACUGGUGAACUGACAGUAGAAGAUGAUGUUUAUCACUUAAAAUUUGGCAAAAGAGCAAACAUCACCACGGUAAACCACAAUUACAAUGAUAUAUACCCUUUUAAAGUGGGGGAGGAUGUCCUAUGCGACUGGGCUCUUUUUCUUUUUCGAGUGAAGAACACGAGACUUGACAGAAGGGUUCUGACGUUCAAACGUAUUGAUGUAUAUAAAUAACUUUACGAACAAUUUAUAUCAACAUCUACAGUGAUACCUCGCGGCACCAACUGCAGUAAAAAAGUAUUCCAGCUAUGUUAUUGCGUCUUUGGGUUCUCUUCUCGUUCUUCAUUUGCGUGACAUGCAGAACUGCACCAAGUAAUUCGACAGAUUGGGAUUUUCAAAUGCUUGUGCAAAGAUGGCCACUUUCCACUUGUCAAAUUGUGAAUGCUUCAGGGCAUGCAUGUUUUAUACCUCAUCAGGUAAAAGGGUGGACAAUCCAUGGAUUGUGGCCUUCAGGGUAUGGCUCCUACCCUCAAUAUUGUCAUGACUGGAUUUUUAACAUGUUGGAAGUAGUGGAUUUAGCUGUCCAGCUGUUAACAUUUUGGCCUAACCUCUACAUCAACAAACCCUUCGACAGCCUCUGGAAACAUGAAUAUGAGAAACAUGGUACCUGUUCUGCAAGUUUACACGGGUUCGAGACCGAGCACGAUUAUUUUGAACAGGGAUUGGCUUUAUCUGACAAAUAUGAUGUGCAAAGAGUGUUAGAACAGAAUGAUAUUUUCCCAAGAGAAGCAGGAUAUAAGGCAUCAGUGAUACGAAACGCAAUUCAGUCAGGCUAUAACAAAACAGUAUGUCCUGGAUGUGGUUAUGUGAAGGGUAUCGGACAAGUGUUAUCGCAAAGUUAUGUUUGUAUUGAUAAAAAGAUGGAAUUGAUCGACUGUCCAGAUUGUCAAAAAGUGUGUGUUGACGAUUAUCCCGUGUUAUAUCAACCGUUACAUUUUUGAAAUAUGUUUAUCAAAUCAGAAUAUUUCACAAACUUUACAGUGUAUGUAUUUUCUUAAAAUUUCGUAAUUCAAUUGAUUUUUAUAUUUUGAUGAUGUUGAUUUUUUCUAUUUCGAAUUGAAAGGGACUUAAAAUUUUAUUCCAAAUGUAAAAAGGGUUUAAGGAGUGAAAAACCGGUAAGGGACAGAAUAUUUGUUUAGAUAGGAGGAAGUUUAAG